AUGCAAUCUUAUUCACAAUAUGCUCUCAUUUUGCUUUUGUUUUUGUGCAUUCAACAACUUUACUAUCUUGCUAAAGCUCAACUAGAUAUAGAUGCUCUCUAUAACAACUGCAAUUCUGCUCUUUUCCCUUCUGGAAGCGUGUAUGGGCACAACUUAAAUCUUACCCUUACAUGGCUUGCUGGCAAUGCUUCUCUAAAUGGCGGAUUUUACAACAUUACCGUGGGUCAGAAUCUUGAUACUGUUUAUGGCCUUGUACAAUGCACAGCCUAUAUAUCUGCCAAAGAUUGUCAAAAUUUUGCAGACAUAGCUGCUAAAAGAAUCAGGGGACUCUGUUCCAACAAGAAGGAGGCCUCCGUAGGCAAUGACAAUUGCUUGAUACACUACUCCAAUCAGCUUUUCUUCUCUACUUUCAAUAGCGGUCACAGAUAUUCACUAGCUAAUCCGAACUCCGUGACUGAUCCGGUUAUUUGGAAUCGUCAAAUAGGAAACUUGCUGAAGAAUCUCUCAUCAGAUGCUGCCACUGCUCCUGCAAGAUUUGCUAGUGGGACUGCCACUUACAAAGAUGCAGACAAGAUAUAUGCUAUGGUACAGUGUACCAGGGACUUGACAGAAAAGGGCUGCUUAACUUGCCUUGAAGAUGUCAUCGGUUACAUAACUCAAUACUGUGAUGGAAGCACAGGGUGUCGGAUAUAUUCUGAGAGUUGUUUGUUUCGUUAUGAAUCAUAUUCCUUCUUUCUGUCAGCCCCAUCACCUGAAUUAGGACCUUCUCCUUCUCCAUUCCCUGUGUCAAACUCUGCCAUUACCAGAGGUAACAAGAUUGCUAAAAAAACAGUCGUUAUUAUUGCAGCAAUCCUUGUAGUUGUGAGCCUGUCAGUGAUAUUCGUAAUCUGUGCUUGCUAUAGUAUUCAUGGAGAUGGGAACGGUAGCCUGGAGGUACUUGUGAUUGGACUAAGAACGAUUAAAGUUGCAACAGAAAAUUUCUCCAACGCAUUCAAACUUGGCGAAGGUGGUUUUGGUCCAGUUUACAAGGGUAUAUUGGGUGAUGGACAAGAAAUAGCAGUCAAGAGACUAUCAAGUCACUCAGGUCAAGGUCUCGAUGAAUUAAAAACAGAAGUAAUGCUGGUUGCUCAAUUGCUGCACCGGAAUCUGGUAAAGCUGUUGGGCUAUUGCUUAGAAAAUGAAGAGAAGCUACUGGUCUAUGAAUAUGUUCCUAAUGGGAGUUUGGACAAAAUUUUGUUUGACGACCAAAAACAAUCUUCUUUGGAAUGGAAAACACGGUUCAAAAUCAUUGUUGGUAUUGCCCGAGGGCUACUAUAUCUGCAUGAAGAUUCUCAGCUCAGGGUUAUUCACCGUGACUUGAAGGCCAGCAAUAUUUUAUUAGAUGAAAAUUUGAAUCCUAAGAUUUCAGACUUUGGUUUAGCAAAAAUGUUCAGCGGAAGCCAGACUCAAGCCAAUACAAGACGGAUUUGUGGUACAUAUGGAUACAUGGCACCAGAGUACGUUAAGCAUGGGAAGUUUUCAACUAAAUCUGAUGUUUAUAGCUUUGGAAUUUUAGUUUUGGAAAUUAUUACAGGUCAAAAGAUCUCAAGCCCUCAAAAUUAUGCAAAUCUUCAAAGCCACGCAUGGCAACAUUGGACAAAUGGAAUAGCUUUAGAGCUUAUGGAUCCAACAAUGGAUGGGCACUGGUCCAAACAAGAAGUUUUAAGCUGCAUCCACAUUGGCUUGUUAUGUGUUCAAGAGGCUGCUAUUAAUAGACCAAAAAUGUCAAAUGUAAUUACAAUGUUUUCUAAUUUGUCUGUAUCACAUCUAGUACCUUCACGGCCAGCAUUUUUUGUUUCGGAUAUUGUAAGUGAUAGCUCAGAACUAGUCAGAGAAAAUCCAGGAUCUACCAUAAAAGCUUCAAAUCGUGAUCCAUCUGUUUAUGGGGUUACACUUACUGAAUUACACCCUCGAGAUUGA